CACUAUAUAAUUAAUAGUACAUACUACUGAGAUGAGACAUGCAAGGAGUUUCCAAACUCCAACCGCUGGAGCUCUGUUGAAAGUAACCGACAUUGAAACUAAAGCUGCCACUGAAACCACAUUCUACAUAAACCUAAUUCAUAUUAUUCUCAAAAGAUCCACUUUAAACAAGAAGUAUGUACUACAAUGUAAUGAAAAAUGGUCAACGGUGGCAAGUGGUUGACAAUGUAAAGGAACAAUACAUAGAAAGGAUUAUGCAAUUUUCCAUUACAAAAACCCUUAUGGCCUUUACAACCUCAAUAAGUUUGGUGUUUUAAUGUUAUGUAGAAGAAAAAUAGAAGAAAAGAAGAAUCAACUAUAGAAUAAAGAUAAUAUGAAUUCAAACUUCACACCAAAUCCACGGAACAUGUUGGUUUCUUCUACACUUAAACCAUCACUUCAAUGCACAUAUUGGCAACAUUUUUAAAUUUAUGGAUCAAGCAACCAACAUAAAUUUUCAUAUGUUCCACAUUUUUACCUAAGUGCUUUGAACAACUCCUUCAUCACUUCCUUUUUUUUUGAGAAAAUCUCCUUCAUCACUUACGAACUGAAAAUAUAGCAAUACAUCUUCACAAAGACUAUGUACAAAAAAACACACCAAAAUAAAAAUCAUAAAUCAUUUGUUCUCCAACUUGCAUCAAAAGCUAAAUACACUUGCAAAAUAAAUUCUAAAUAUCACGGUUCAUCACAUCACACAUAACUCCCAAAUAAAUAAAAUAGUUAUAUGGAACAAUCUGGUGACAAAAUGAAAACUGAUAUUUUACAAAUCAAGUUGCACCAAAUUUUACAAAAAUAUAAAUGCAAAGUAAUUAUUCCCGCCCGUAGGGCGGACCAACCCCUAAUACUAGAGAAACAACAAUUCCGUCUCAUAACUCUUGCACAUGCUAUACUCUACCCCAUAUUAAUGCUACUUUUUAUUUAAGCUGUUGUGCAUAGAUAAAAAAAAAAAGUUGACUAAUGAAACUUACAGGUUCCUUUUUUCGAUUAAACUUUACAGUUUCAAUAUUGGUUAUAUAGGCAAGAAAACAAAGAAAAGGGCAAACAAUAUAAUAAUUGACGUGCCAAUGUUGGCUUUCACGUGGCCAUCCUAGCUAGCGUUUAUUCCCACCAUCGUAUGUUUUCAUUAUCUCUCUCGUUUCAACUCGAGUUAAAAAAAACUCUCUUCAACUAAAAAGAAAAAAAAAAAGAACUAAAAUAAAAGUAGCUGUGGAAAAUAAAGAAGAUCCGAAUCCAAUCUCAUCAGUAGUCUUCUGAAUCACUCUCAGACAAUGCUCUGCUAUGUCGGAAAAGCCACCAAGAUUUUUAUUUUCAUCGUCACCGUUGUUGUCGUCAUUGGUCUCGUCGUAGGCUUGGGUGUCUUCCGUCGUCACUCACACCACUGCUCCGGCGACUAUUGCUCGUCUCCCACCGAUUCAUCUUCAUCUUCCUCUGCCUCCCCUUUCAUAACUCCGUUUCCUAAUCCUACUCCGAACCCGAACCCGCCCGUGCUCGGAUCUUCCCCGCCCGCCCCACCCGGCUCAUCAUCACCAAACCCAUCUCUUCCAACCACCCCUACUCCGCCGGCGCCGAUCGUGAACCCGAAUUCGCCUCCGCCUCCAUCUAAUCUGAAUCCUCCGCCGCAAUUUUCACCUCCUCCGCCGGAUUCAGAUACAACCGCCGCACCUCCUCCACCUGCAUCGCAGUCAUCAAUGCCGCCGCCACCUCCAGCCGAAGAAUCGGCAUCACCGCCGCUAAAUCCGCCGAGCUCCGUAGUCAAUACUCCCGCUCCAGUGCAUGCGAAGCUGGUCAACGACUAGAGUAGACCAUACAUUUGUAAAUUCGACAUCUUUCUAUCAAUUUCCAGUUCUUGAACUUGAUUCGUUUGUUUGUUUGUUUUUUUUUUUCCUAAUUAGAUCAAAUGUUCUAAUCUUUAAAUCAAGGCGAAACUUUAAUCUCAUUUACAUAAAUCAUAUAGGAAGAGAGAUCAGAUUGAAUGUUUAAACA